AUGCUAGGUCAAUUGGCAGAAGCAAUCAGAAGCAGACCUCAAGGAACCUUGCCAAGCAACACUGAAGUUCCAAAGAAGAAUGGAGAAGAACAGGUCAAUGCUAUAUCAUUACUGAGUGGUAAAACCGUAGAUGAGCCAGAAGUCAUAAAGAACUACCAUGAGCAGAAGCAGAAGGCAUUGAAUCAGAAUGAAGAAGAUAAAAAUAUUGCUAUAGCAAAGCCACAACAAGAUCAGACUGUCAGCAAAGCAACACGACCACCAUCUCCCUUUCCUCUAAGAUUGCAGAAGCAAACUGAUGACAAGCAGUACAAAAAGUUCCUUGAUGUUCUAAAACAGUUGCAUAUUAAUGUACCCUUGGUUGAAGCUCUUGAGCAAAUGCCAAGUUAUGCAAAAUUUAUGAAGGACAUCUUGGCAAGGAAGAGGAAGAUAGAGGAAUAUGAGACAGUAGCUCUCACCCAAGAAAGUAGUCAAUACUACCUCAACAAGUUACCACCAAAGCCUAAGGAUCCAUGGAGUUUUACUAUUCCUUGUACUAUUGGUAACCAAUAUGUAGGUAAUGCAUUAUUAGAUUUAGGUUCAAGUAUUAACCUUAUGCCUAAAAGUAUUUUUAGGAAGCUUGGAAGAGGAGAAGCACGUCCAACCACUGUCACGUUACUAAUGGCUGAUAGAUCAUUGACUUAUCCAGAAGGAAAAAUUGAAGAUGUGUUGGUAAGGGUGGAUAAAUUCAUUUUUCCCACUGACUUUAUUGUUCUUGACUUUGAAGCAGAUAGGGAAGUACCCAUCAUUUUGGGAAGAGCAUUCUUAGCCAUAGGACGAGCAGUGAUUGAUGUUGAGAAAAGAGACUUGACUAUGAGAGUCAAUGAUGAGCAAGUUACAUUCAAUGUACUCAAAGCCAUGAAGUAUCCUGAACAAGUGGAAGAAUGCACUAGCAUGGACACUAUUGAUGCAGUUCUGUUACAGCAACUCAAGCAGCAAACAGAGACAGAACCACUGAAUGUUGCUAUAGCAUAG